AUGACGGACACAUAUUUUCCACUGGUGUUGCUCGUUUUGUUCGAAGUCUUUUCUGCGGGCAGCCAAACGGCUCCUUGGGUGCUCAACAGAGCUGAUCCUGGCAGCAGUAGCGUGUCGUUCUUCAACAACACCGUCACCGACUCUUACAUGAUGGUCAGAUGGACCUGGAGGGACUCGGCCGGCGGCUUCUGGGACACCAGGCUGAGAGUGACGCUCAACAAAGAAGAUAUAACCGGCGGUGGAUUCUCGUACUCCGACCAGUAUGAAAACGAAUUGGCGUCGGUCAGGUGGUUUAGAACUAAAAUGGAUGGACCGAUCAAAUGGAAGUACACGGCAUUUUCUUCGCCUCCCGACAGCUGGUGGAUGACUUCGGUGGUGCCGAAUGGCAAUAUAACUUGGGGAUUCAAAAAUCAGAUCAUUGACGGCUCGUGGGUGUUUAGAGUCGGUAAUGACACGCUUGAACCGAAAAACCAUCAAAAUGUUGAUGGAUGGUCGCAAGGGACAGGAAAUAGAUGGAAGCGAUCUUUGAAGUCACAAGUGAAUGGAGUAGAUAAUCCACAAACAAAACAAGAACAUUUUAUCAAGACAAAACGAAGUCCCUCUGAAAAGGACUACGACGAUGACGAGGAAGAAGAUAUAUUUCAAAAAAUUAUUGGAUGUUUCAUGGAGUUUUUCAAAGCGUUAGAAGGAAUUUUUCAGAAUUCAGGGUGA